AUGUCGAGAGCAAAGAGGGCGGCCGCACCAACCAAGGCUCCUCGCCGAGAUCCUCUGGCUUCGUUGAAGCUGGCCGACAUGCUCAUAUCCAAGCCAUUACUCCCCGCAGAGAUUCUGACCGUGGUGGUCGACUACCUCGAUGUCCCCGAUCUGCUGCGUUUCGCGCGUACCUCACGGCGCAUGGGUGAGAUGGUCUACGAGGAUGGCAGAUGGGUCCGGCGGCUGAAGGCUAUGGGCUGUUGGAAUGAGGCCGAAGCAAGGAAAAGAGCAGAGAGUGCGCCGACAUCCACCUCUGUAGACCGGAGACAGAGUACGAUAGAUCGAAAUGUGGUUAAUGGCAAAGGCAAACCGGAAGUCUUGUUCGACAUGGAAUCAUCUCCUGUCACACAGCGCAGACAGACGAAUCUACAGUCUUCUCUGCGGCCGCAGUCGGGCACUGAUGGUUUCGACAAGGCCGAAAUGGCAAAUUCACAAGGCCCCCCUCAAGGGGUUUAUGGCGCUCCCGAGGCGGCUCUAUCCGUCUUCGAGCAUGUGAGGUCAGUCAGGGGACACGCUAGGCAAGAAUAUGGCAAGAUAUAUAAACUGCUAUCACCGUUCUACCGAGACCUGGCUACUACGUCGAAUCCUUUGCAGAGUACUGUAUUCACGGAUUUCUCUUUACCAGAGCAACAAGCACAACUGCUGGCCAAUGUCAGGCAGUUCGCUGCCAGUGAUUUCUCUCCAGAAUCAACUAAACGAGAACGACAAAUCAAGCAGGCUGUGGAUAUGUUCGAUACCGCGGCGUUACUCGAAUUUCGCAAAGGUUACGAAUACAAGGAUAUUCAGGGGAAAAUGCGGCAAUUUGCACGUGUCUUAUAUAUCUUGAAUGGUGGAAGCAGUGCCGUCGACUUAUUCAUACAUGACAACCAGCUCAUCAACCAAAAGGGAACGCUUGGGAGCGUUUCCGAUUGUAUCGACUAUUCUUUAGGUCACGGCGAGCUUUCGUUGGAAAGGGUGCACGCCUAUUUUGAAAGACUUAGGACGGCCUUCGGUCAGCAAAGUGCUAUCGUGCAAGCUGUCUUUCCAAACGCCCAAGAAGUAUGCAUGCUGCUCCUUGAAGAGGUGGCGAAGGACAUCCUCUUGCCCUUCCUGUCAUCCUUGUUUGAAGAUGCCAGGACAAGAAGCACUUCAUUAUCCCUACGGAUUAUGUCUGGCACAUUUGCGGCCACUAGGCAGUUCAUUGACGAAGUUGCUCUGAUAGGACAUGCCGACGAGGCCACAAUAGCACGCUGCAACUCAAUUCUCACACGGAUAUAUGGCCCUCUUCUUGAUCAGUAUUUGGCAGAAGAAUUGGCCUUUUUCCGGCAAAAGGCUGAUGCGGAAGUGGAACGCUGGGAUCGAGCCUUGUCAGAUCAAGACGCAUCUUCGGAAAGCUUUCUCAUGUCCCAUGCCAACCGGCAGGCCGACAAGAAGGAUUUCAUGUCGUCAUUCAAGAAAGUGGUCAUGAUGCCGGUGAAUAUUCUUCCCAGCUUCUCAGCGCCGGCAAAUCCGAAAAGUGCCGCCAAAACACUCGCGAAUGGAGAAAGCGCCGCUCCGUCUCGACCAUCCACCCCUAGCCUUUUCAUGUCCUCAACUGCAACUUCGGCCUUGCCACCCGAAGCGCCAUCGUCCGAACUAGCAGCUAAAGCAGCUCUGAUGAACAGGAAGCUAGAGAACAUCAAAUCCCUCUUCUCAAUAGAGGUAGCCCUCAACCUGGUCCACGCAGCUAAAUCUUCCCUAGAGCGCGCCGCCCAGUUCACGAGCUUGAUCGGUGAGCCAGGAGAGUCAGCACGCAAGCAGUGCUCUGCAAUAUUUGUGCUGCUCCUCCACUCUGUCGGUGCGCGCCAUGUCAAAGCAGGUUUCGACAAGGCCAUCGACCAUCUAUCAGCCUAUAACCCACGCGAGACCAGUCCCAACCCAGACAACGACAUCGUCCAGGUUGCUCCUCUAGGCACGUUUCUUGAAUUAGUCAAUGUCGGCGAUCUUAUCCAGCAGAUGCUCGACGUGUUUUAUGAAUCGGAGCUGGUUCGUCUCGGCAUUUCCAAGCGCGACGACUUUCUCGACAUCAACGUCAAAGAGAAGCGCAAGUUCGAAGCCAUGCUCGACGAACGUGUCGCCGCGGGACUGGGAAAAGGCAUCGACGCCCUCAUCAACGAAGUAGAGUACAUCUGCGCCACUACACAACAGCCCACGGAUUUUUACCCGGAACUGGCCAAUGCCGAUGAGUCUUCCGGAACCAAAGCCAACAUGAUGGUCAUGGACUUUUCCGGUCAGCCCACAACGACGGCGUCGCGAGUGAUUGCACUCGUCUCCCACCAUACCCGUAUGCUUACUGGUGCGACCGAGAAGAGUCUCCUGGAUGUCUUCACCGCCGAGGUGGGCCUUCGCCUGUUCACCGCGGUGGCGAAACAUAUCAAAAGACAACGCAUCUCGACGCUCGGAGCGCUGGCGUUGCUCUCUGAUUUGACGGCCUACGCGAACUUUGUGGCACAGUUCCGCAACAACAACCUGACAAGCUACUACACGGCGUUACGAGAGGUGGCGCAGAUCUAUCUGAUUGGUGGAGAGAGUGAGCGCGACGUCGCCGAGAUGGCGACCAUCAUCUCGGAUGGGGAGCGUUACAAAGGCGUGUUCACGGUCGAAGAGGUGGUCGAGUUCGCUGAGCGUCGAAGCGACUGGCUACUGGUCAAGGCCAGGGUAGAAGGAAAAGUCAAGGGUGAUAACUGUGUUGUCAUGUAA